AUGGACGAAAGCUCAUCGAGGGGUGCUUUCGUAACGACUCUGGACCUUUCCCCGGGUGUGUACCAGUACAUAUUUUGCCUCGACGAUGAAACAUGGGCGACCAAUCCCAACGCACCACUGAUUACGCUCACGGAUGGGAAGACUGUGAAUUAUAUCGAAGUCAUCGAGGGCGUGAAUGUCAUAGCUACUCAGCCAGACGUUGUGAGAUCUCUCGUCAUGCCGACAGAUGGACUGUGCCACGCAGUACAAAUCAGUCACUUACAUGCCACUACCCCACUCCGUUGA